ACACAUUAUGAUUUUUUGUUUCUGCAUUUCCCCAUCCUCCUCCGUCCUAUUUGAUCUUUUAUUUUAUACGAUAUAAAAUUCCUACUUAUUCUAACUUAUGCCCUCCGGUAGCCCACUGCUGCUCUAUCUCACCACAUGUCUGCAACUGCAUCCGACCCCCUCCGCAUGCUCCUGCUGCCUUCGACUGCCCCUGUAUGGUGGGCCCAUUCGAGGCCGUCUCGGGCCGGGCGGUGCUAGCGCCCAUAAUCCCCACAAGGCAGACCUCUUUGUAGUCACAUGCUAGGUCUGCACGGUUUAAGCCGACGUGCAGUCCGUCUAUUACUGACAGUUCCCACCACACUUAUCACCCCCGAUGGCUUCGGAAGGACAGGUUUCGGCAGAUAGGAUCUACGCCAACACAGUGGUCGGUGAGGAGCCAGACAAGUGCAAUUUACAGGACGUCUGCGACUCUGUGGGCAAAGGCAGCACGUUGUCAAAUAGAUGGCAGACGUGUAAACGCCGAGCCGGAAAAGGUAGGGAUGAACGGGGAAAAUUAGUGGCUGCUGUGAAAAGUAUUAACCCGAGUGGACAUUUUGGGCAAUUCGGCAACACACAAACAGAAUAAUUUGUAGGCUGGUCGCGUAGCCAUUAGCAACCGAUUCCGCACAUAAAAAUCGAGGAAGAUAACCUGAUUGCAGAUCUUUGUGGA